GGGGGGCAUGACACCGGCUCGACAGCAGGCACACUCGGUCAGGAAACAAAGAACAGGGUAUGGGGCGCAUGAAUGAUCUGCAAAGACAACAAAAGCACCAAGAAAAUAGUUGAGUCCCGCCCUGAUCCGAUUGUCUGUUUUUAGGCUACUGCCACAACAACUUUCAUGUUGGUUAUGCUUUCGAAGCGCUCAUAUCCUCUAGACUCGGCUGGUUUAUGAAGUUUAGCCUAUAGCAGGCUACGCGCAAGGAUGUAUCACAGGAGACUGUUGAUUUCAACGUAGGCUAAACUGACGCCCAAAGGUAAAGCUCACACUUGGAAAAAUAAAACGACGGCCGUCAUUUACCUGAGAAUAUCAGCAUUACGGACACAUUUCGUAUCUAUUCGCAGAUGAUGAUGACUAUCCCUGUUUGACUCUUCAUCUUGCCGCCCAACCUUGGGCCAGCCAGGACAAAUCACUGCAAACAAAAUGUCUGCCUCAGAGUCUGCGGUCUGCGCCCCCUUGUCCACUCUCUCUCCCAAACCAGAGGUCAAGCCGAGGCCCCCGCUCCCCUCCAAGCUCACCCCGGAUCCCCCGCCGAUGGAGAGCGGCGCCCCAACGAGGACUUCUGGGAAGGUGAAGAAGAUCGUCAAGAAGUUUAACCAGCCUAAGCCUCAGCCCUCCCCAGCCUCAGGCCAAACCCCAGCGCCAGCACCAGUGACCGGGAACACCGGGACCGCCGGGACCAAUGGCUCCGUCGGGAACAAUGGCUCCACUGGAGCGGACAAGACGAGCCCCCAACAGCAGGCGCCGGAGGUCCUGCCGAAACCCAGAAUGCCCAGGCCAACAGCAGCAGCCAAUCAGGCGCCCCCUUUGCCCAUGAAGAGGAGCCGCCUCCGCAAGGGCCCCAACGUGGGUGUGUACGGAGACACGCCGGGGGGAAGGGCGAGGAGCGGCUUCGCACCUGUCAGUCUGGAAGAUGGCCGAUCAGCUCCUGAUGGGAAGGAAGGAGAGCUGCUGUCCAGCGCCGGCCCAGAUGCUCCCCCCGGCCCUCGCUGCGAGCCGAACUGCAGCUGCAUCUGCCAUCUGCAGCGGCCGGGGAUGAAGCUGGUGUGGGUCCCCCUGGAGGACGGGGAGGAGGAGGAGGAUGAGGGAGGGGAGCACCAGGACCCUGGGGAGGAGGGGGACGGACUGGGAGCGGAGUUUGAGGAGGAGGAGGAGGAGGAGGAGCUGUACCUCAGCGAGUCCUCGGAUGAGAGCGAGGAUGGGAAUGGUGACGGUGAUGGGGAGCUGACGGGCAAGGCCAAGUUCCAGCACACCCUGGAGCUGGUGGGGGAGCAGCUGAGGAGGAGGUCGGACCCGGGGCCGCAGGUGGAGCUCACCUCCUACAAACCCUACGCGUCCCACGCGCUCUCCCCCGGCGGCAUCUCCAAGGCCCACUCCGUGGAGAACGACGCGGACAUCUACGAGCUCAACAUCGUGGUGGAAAGCGUGACCCCCCCACGACCCCCCGAGCAACAAGUGCCGCUCAUCCGCGUCAAGCCCCCGCGGCGGUCAAAGCUCUCGUCCGCGGCGUCCGACGAGGCAGACGGCGCUGACUUGGCCAAGAGCGGGGGGGACAGGCCCCCUCCGGCCAUCCCGCCCAGGGUGCCACUCCUUCCAGAGAAGCCCAAGGGCACCCGCCUCCAGAGCAUGGCACCCCUGGGGGGCAUCGCGCUGCCCAUGCCGUCCCCCGACGAGAGGCGUGCCCUGCGCGCGGCAUCACCCCUGCCUCCCCACCCUGCCAGUCCUCCGGCCAGCCCGCGCUUCAACAGGCCUCCCCCUCCAGUGCCCCCUAGCAAGCAGGGACAGAAUGGACUCCGCGGCAGCAGUCAGUCCUUAAACUCCCUCCCCCCAUGCACAGAAGUUCAACAAGAGAAUAGUGAAGGAGAGGAUGCUGACACACACAAACCACCGACGGCACCGCCUAGGAAGCAGUCUAUAGACUGGGAAAGCAUGGAUGAACCUCUUUACCAGACGUACCGCGAAUCGGUCAUCGUCAAGGCCAUCCGGCAGGCGACGGUGUGCCGGAACAUCAGCAAGACCAGCGUGGACUUCCAGAUGGACUACGGGCACCGGCGCGGCUCGGCGGCCUCGGAGGUGGGGAGCGUCGGCGGCAGGACGCUGGGCUCCAGGGCCAGCCCCAUCCCCCAGGGCGCCUGCAGCACACUCUGGCAGGACCUGCCGUCCGUCCGGGACAGCGGCAUCCUGGAGACGCUGAGCUCAGACGAGUGCAAGUACCAGGAGAGUAUAUUUGAGGUGAUCACCUCGGAGGCGUCGUACCUGCGCUCACUGCGUGUGCUGACGGAGCACUUCAUGGACUCGCGGGAGCUGCUGGACACGCUCAUCAUCAGGGACAAGGUGCCGCUCUUCUCCAACAUCCUGCGCAUCCGCGAGGUCAGCGAGAGGUUUCUGAAGGAUCUAGAAGACCGUAUGGAGGAGAGCCUGAUUAUCACAGACAUCUGUGACAUCAUCCACUACCACGCCCAGCACAAUUUCCCUGCCUACAUCGACUACGUCCGCAACCAGAUCUACCAGGACAAGACCUACACCGCCCUCAUGCACUCGAACGCAGCGUUCGGCGCAGUCAUCACCCGUCUGCAGGAGUCUCCCAAGUGCCAGCGGCUGCCCUUCAUGUCCUUCCUGCUGCUGCCCUUCCAGCGCAUCACCCGCAUCAAGAUGCUGAUCGAGAACAUUCUGAAGAGAACCAAGGAGCACACGGCAGAGGAGCAGACAGCCUCUAAGGCCCUGGCGUCCGUCUCAAAGAUUAUAGAUGAGUGCAACAGGCAGGUUGGGAAGAUGAAACAGAUGGAGGAGCUGAUUGAGAUCAACAAGACUCUGCAUUUUGACAAACUCAAGGCUUUGCCCAUUAUUUCUCAAACGCGCUUCCUAGAGAAACGCGGAGAGUUGCAGGAUGUGGCUAAAGGUGGGACCAUGUUCACCCUGCGGUCCAAAUUCACGCCUGUCUUCCUCUACCUCUUCAACGACCUCCUCGUCAUCGCCAGUAGGAAGAGCUCAGAGCGGCACGUGGUUCUGGACUAUGCCCACCGCUCCCUGGUCCAGGUGACGACCAUGAGUGACGAGCUGUCCAGCGGGGGCCUGGACAACUGCUUUCUCCUCACCCUGCUGGAGAACCACCAGGGGCGCCUGACUGAGCGUGUGCUCAAGGCUGCCACCGAGUCGGAAAUGCACAGAUGGGUUGCUGCAUUCCCGAAUCCAAACGACGCCGACCGGGACGCAGAGGAAGUCAUAUACGAGGACUGGGACUGUCCACAGGUGCAGUGUGUGGAGCAGUAUGUUGCCCAGCAGGCUGAUGAGAUCAGUCUAGAGCCGACCGAGAUCAUCAACGUCAUCCGCAAAACCAACGAAGGUUGGUAUGAGGGCAUCCGGUUGUCUGAUGGACAGAAAGGCUGGUUCCCGGUUCCGAAUGUUCUGGAGAUUACCAACGAGCACGUGAGACGCAGGAACCUCCGGGAACGGUACCGCGUCAUUCAGGCGGCCAGCAUCGUCACCGGCAAGAGCGGUUUUACCCUUUAACAGACGGGGAUAAAAAAAAAAAAAAGCAGACAUACUAAUUUAAUAAGCACAUGG